AGAGAGCCACUCAAGUUGAGCCAUUCUCAGGCGCCAGUUCUUUGCACUGCACACCAGCAAGAGGACAGACUGCGGUUGUUAUUCAAAACAUUGCCUUUUGAUGAUUUUACCAGUGGACACUUGUAGGCCUGAUUUUUGGGUGUUUCGGCCGAAAGUAGCAAGACUCUGGACUUGAGGAACGGGCUCACCUGAACACGCUGGUGGAUAUUCGUUUUGACAUCACAAAACCUAGUUCUUAUCAUCACUCCAUCUGCCAGCCGAGCAGAUCAAGAGCAAGCUUCUAUUUCAAUGCUGUUCCACUGAACCAGUGGGACUGAGAAGCAUUACAGACGAGGCAUUGUGUCCCUAGCCGAAAAUAUCAAAGACCAUCCUGGACAAAGAGUUUCUCUCAACUCCUGUCCCCUCGUUGGGCUCCAAUCUGCUGUUGAGAAUUCGAAAAGUGACCUAAACCUGAACACCACUAGGAACGUAAAGUGUCCGGUGCAUAGGACUGCCUGCAGGCUGCCAUGGUGCGUGAGGGUGGUGUGGCGGUGGCUCCAUCCUACUGGGGCCUGUGGGCUUUUGCCACUUUGAUGCUAGUGGCACUGUGCUUGUCCGACCAGGCCAUCCGCUGCCCGGUGUGUUCCGAGGAGAGGCUAGCCAGCUGUCAACUGCCGGAAAACUGUGACGAGACGGUGCGCGAGCCUGGCUGCGGCUGCUGCCCCACAUGUGCCCUGCCGAAAGGGGCACACUGUGGUGUCUACUCGCCGCGAUGUGGUACUGGGCUGCGCUGCUACCCGCCACAGGGUAUCGAGCGACCACUACACUCGCUCAUGCAUGGCCAGGGCAUGUGCACCGAUGAGAGGGAGAUGGAGGACAACUCAGUGAUGGAACGGCAGGAUGAAAUCAUCCUGGAGCACCCAAACAACAGCAAUAUCCGUUGCAGUCCACAAGACAAACGCUGCAUACAGAAGACCCUGGCCCGACACCCACCAAAAUCUACAAAUCAGAGAAGCAACACGGCGAGGGAGGAAGCCAAGGCAGCGCUGGCUCCAUGUCGUGCUGAGCUCCAGAGAGCACUGGACAGAUUGGCAUCCAAUUCCCGCACCCAUGAUGAUCUCUUCACAAUUCCCAUUCCAAACUGUGACAAGAAUGGAGAUUUCCACGCCAAACAGUGCCAUCCAGCACGCGAUGGUCUGCGAGGAAAGUGCUGGUGCGUGGAUCAGAAGACGGGCAUGAGACUGCCGGGCCCGCUCGAGUUGCGAGGGGAACUGGACUGCCACCAGUUACUGACUGCUACUCUGAGGGAUUGAAAAGCAAAGGAUUCAAUGAGGGUUACGGAGCAGCUUAGUUCAACUGGUGCUUAAGAGCUGAUCUACGAAAGAAGAUGCCCCACAGUCUCACUUCAUUUGAGGCCUACGUUACUUGAGCUCGUGCAACAAAAGGAGUUUGAAAUUGAAAUGAGUUUUUGAUGUCGUAGCUUUGUUUCUGGAUGUAUGUGAGUCUUCUGGGCGCUUGUCAUGUAUUGUUUUGACAAUGUGAAAUUACAACAUGUAGUCAUUUGAUACUGUAUGUGCUAAAACAGGUGGCAGUAAAAAAAACAAAAAAAACAAAAAGCACAAACGGGAAAUGUUUCAUUUUCUCAAGUAUUCAAGAGAUUAAGAUCCGGAAACCAACCAUGUUAUACAUGUCCAGCUCAUUCAUCCAGUUAACAGCAGAAGAUAAAGUUAGUGCAAAAUGAGAAAGGCCAUGCUCUUCUUCCUUGAGCAACCCAAUGAUUCAAUUUAUACAGCCACGCAAAUGUGCAAAGUAAGAACAAUUUGAAAAAGCAUACCACUAAACUGUUGCUACUAUGUGUGAGAGCACAGAAGAGAUUUGUUUUUUUCUCUGUUUUACCGCUGCACCCUACCCACUUUUUUGCCAACGACUUGUCUAUUGCGCACUGGUCCCAAGGUCAUGGAAUAUUGGGCUGAAAGAAGUGGAAAAAAAAAAAUAUCUGGGAAAUACAGUAUUGAUAAAAUCAUCUUAUUUCACGAUCUGCAGCUAAAAUGCUAAAUGACUCUGGUGAGUUCUUUGAUAUAUUAUUAACCCGUACACUUUCUUCAGACUGUUUGAUAUAAUUCUUGGCUGGUGGCAUGCACUGAUUGCACCAACCCAUACACAGUCUAUAUUUUUUGGACCAUGAUUGAUUGGGACUCAAAAGACUUUCGGGCAAUUAUUUAAUGUGCUACUCCUAUGCGAUAUUGGCCAUUUGUGGAAAAUCUGCACAGAAACAUAAGCAGAGUAAGUAAGGUUGUAUGAAAAAUUAUUUGGGCAAGAAAUGAUCAUCAUUAUUAUCAUCCUUACAUCGAUGAUUAAAUCAGUUUAUCAUCUGUAAGUGAGUGGAAAUAUUUUUCAAAGUACAGUCAAGAGCACUUCAAGUCAAGUUGAUUAAAGCCCAAGAAUAAAUGUUGUCCAGCAGCGCAGUGAUGGAAGAAGAUAGUCAUUCAUUUCGAAAGGAAACAUGUUUUUUUAUUCUUCUACAUAUGCCCAUUUGUAAUCCAACAUCACGGAAAUGACAAGAGAGCACAACGCAGGGGUUCAAUUUAACUUUACCCCGAAGUGGGGAAAAAGUGCCAAAAUGUGAAAUUUACAUUCACAGAAAUAGCGAAUGCAUUCCCUCUUUCUGUACAAAAGAGCAUAAACAACAGUCUGAUACGUUUCUGGAAUUUAUGUACAAUAAUGAUGCUUGAUUUCCUCUGUCUUUUAUGUCUCAACCCUAAUUAAGUCUGAAAGUAAUUCCGACCAAGGAAAGAUGAAAGGUCCGACUGAAAAUCCACACAAAGUAAAACAUUUUAUCUUUUCAUCCAUUUUUCCUCUCAUGAUCUGUACAACUAUAAAAAGAAACCCCCAACAUUGGCCAUUCAAAUAAAUCUUGUGAAAGCAUCAGCAGGGGACUCACCACAAGAAACUGACAAAAAGACAGAAGUUGGUUCGACAGAAAGAAUCGACACAGCAGCUUUAAAAUACGAUAGACCAAAAAAAAGUCCAGUUUCCCAAAGACUACUAACAAUGAUGUUGACAUUGAAUGCGGAGCCGCACGUCAACGGCGACUAUUUGUUUACUGCUAGAGGGUCAAAAACAUUUAUCUAUCCAACUGCCUUUGUCUUUCAGAACGCUAACAGAUUGUCUUGGCCUUUUUUCUCUGAGGCAUUCUAACGAAAUAAACUCUGUAUUUAAACUGUAUGUCUCUUGAUCUCUAACUUUGCUGUAUUAAACUGUAACCACAUUUCCUAACAAAAAAAAAAGAUGAAGAAAAUGGCAUAAUGUUUGCAUGCAUAAAAAUCAGUCCGAGGAUGAAAAGAGAUCUUGAGUCUCUUGUCCACAACAGGACAGCUAUAUUCAAACACUGAAGUGAUCAACAAUCUGAUAGCCAGUUUUUUUUUUUGCAUCCAAUGAAAUGAUUAGUUACACGGUUACUGUUUAUUUGAUUAAAAAUGUAAACAUUGUAAAGCAUUAAUUAAACCCAUUUAGAAACC